AUGACCAAGGGAACUUCCAGUUUCGGAAAGCGUCACAACAAGACGCACACUUUGUGCAGACGUUGCGGUCGCAGAUCUCUCCACAUCCAAAAGCACACCUGUUCAGGAUGCGGUUACCCAGCAGCCAAGACCCGUCAAUGUACGUUUACUCCAUCCAUUCAUCUUUUACCACCAAAUCGAUUCAGAAAUAUCCACGAUAUACUCCUACCUCCAAUUCAUCGAUACACGAAGGAGAAAUGA